AUGACUGACAAACUCCCACCGAAUUUGCUUGCCCUCUUCCAGCCUCGACCGCCUGUCAAAUAUAUCCCUCCACAAGAUGAUGCACCUCAAGAGCGCGCCUCAAAGCCAUCGCAAAUAGGUGGGCUCGGUGCCUUGCUUGGACAGCUAGAACAGUACAAAGAGGAAGACCACUAUGAACCCACAGAAUCCUGGCUCCAGAAACGCGAUCGCAUACGCCAUGAAAAGCGCCAAAAAGCGGCCGAAAUGGCUGGCGACAAGUUUAAAGGCUACAAUCCUGAGGAGGAUCCAAAAGUCAAAGGUGACCCAUUCAGAACGCUUUUUGUCGGCAGAUUGAGCUACGAUGUGAAAGAGAGCGAUCUCGAAAGAGAAUUUGGCAGGUUCGGCCCAAUUGAGCGUAUACGGAUUGUGCGAGAUGAGCAUGCAGAGAAGCCGAAAAAGCCCAGUCGCGGUUAUGCAUUUGUGGUUUUCGAGAGGGAAAAAGAUCUCAAAGCUGCGUACAAAGAUGCAGAAGCACCAAGAAUAAAGGACAGAAGAUGUGUAGUCGAUGUCGAACGAGGCAGAUCUGUCCCUGGCUGGCGUCCAAGACGCUUCGGCGGAGGUCUUGGCGGAAGAGGAUAUACCAAGCAAGCUCCUGCCAAGCCUGUGUUUGGCGCUGGCCCUGGAGGCUACGGCGGAGAAUUCCGAGGAGGCUUUCGUGGUGACCUUCGAGGUGGCCGCGGAGGCGGAUUCCGAGGAGGUUUCAGAGGCGAUCGAGGUGGCUUUGGUGGCGAUCGCGGCGGACAUGGUGGGGAUAGAGGUGGGUAUGGCGGAAGAGGUGGGAUUGGAUACCAAGGUGGUAGCGGCGGAUUCGGUGGUCGUCCACCUGCUAAUGCACCUAGUGGUCCUGGAGGUCGAGGCGGCUCUGGUGGUGGAGGAUACGACGAUCGAAGAAAUGGCUACAGUGGCGGAGGUGGGUAUGGUGGUGGCCGUGAUCGAGGAGGUGACCGAGGUGGAUCCGGAGGUGGCCGAGAACGCUACGAUGACCGCGACAGAUACGGAGGUGGUAGACGAGACGACGACUAUGGCUCCCGGAAACGACAGCACGAUGGCGACCAAUACGACGAUCCGAGGUCGAAACGACGAUACUAG